GAAAACUUUCUUUAGAGAGAGAGAAAAAAAACUGACAGCGAAGAAAGUGAGAGAGAGCCUUUUCUAUUUUCUCUCUGACGCCUUCUUCUUCUUCUUUCCCAGAAAGUAACAUUAAUCCCUUUCUCACUUUCGCAUCUAUGGUUUUCAGUUAGAUUCUCUUCUUCCCAUAUAUAACACAUAAAUCUCUAUCAUCGGAUUCAAUGGCCACCGCGGCUGUAUUCUCAUCGCUACGACGGAGAAAAUCACCGUCACUAGAAGCUUUUCUCGCUCCCGUCGACCUCUCCGGCACCGCUCUCAUCCAAACCCUAGCUUCAAUCUCCACGGAGAUCAUUUCCUGUUUCGCCGCCAUAAGAUUCUCCUUCCAACGCAGAAACGCUCGUUCUCUGAUCCGCAAGAUCGAAAUCUUCCUCGUACUAUUCGAAUUCCUCGCGGAAUCACGUUGGGGCUCUUCGUCGUCGUCGUCGACGGCGUUGCUGUGUCUCAAGGAGCUUUACCUUCUCCUCUACCGUUCCAAGAUCCUCCUCGAUUACUGCGCUCAUUCCAGUAAGCUAUGGCUUAUCCUCCAAACUCCUUCCAUCUCCGGCUACUUCCACGAUUUGAAUCAAGAGAUCUCCACUCUCCUCGACGUUCUCCCGAUCAACGGCCUUGAUCUCACCGACGACAUCAGAGAACAAAUCGAGCUGUUACGGAGCCAAUCAAGAAGGUCGAGAUUGUACAUCGAUAACCACGACGAGUCGUUACGCCAAACGUUCUACUCCUUCCUCGACGGAUUCGAGAACGCAGAGAUACCUAACGCAUCUUCUCUGAAAACGUUCUUUCCAGAGAAGCUAUCCAUUAAAGAUUCGGAAUCUUGCACAGCCGAAAUCGAGUUCUUGGAAGACCAGAUUGCGAAUCACGACGGAGAUUUAGAGCCUACAGGCUCCGUGAUCAACGCCUUCGUAGCCAUCGCAAGAUACUGCAGAUUCUUGUUAUUCGGAUUCGAAGAUGAUGGAUUUGAGUGGAGACAUAAACCUAGCAAAGAGGAGAUUGGACGAGGAGAGACGUUAAUAACAGUUCCAAAGGAUUUCGUUUGCGCAAUCUCUCUUGAAUUGAUGUUAGAUCCUGUGAUCAUCUCUACUGGGCAGACUUAUGAUAGGAGCUCCAUAGCUAGGUGGAUUGAGGAAGGGCACUGUACUUGUCCCAAGACAGGGCAAAUGCUUACAGACUCUCGUAUUGUCCCUAACAGAGCUCUCAAGAACUUGAUUGUGCAGUGGUGCACAGCGAGUGGCGUCUCUUGUGAGUCGGAGUUUAUUACGGAUUCGCCUAACGAGGGGUUUGUGUCAGCUCUUCCGACAAAAGCUGCGGUUGAAGCUAACAGAGCUACUGUUUCGAUUCUUGUUAAGUAUCUAGCGGAGGGGAGUGAAGCAGCUCAGACCGUGGCGGCGAGGGAGAUUCGUCUUUUAGCCAAAACCGGGAGAGAGAACCGGGAGUGUAUCGCGGAAGCAGGGGCGAUACCGCACUUGCGUAGGUUACUCAAGUCUGAGAACGCUGUUGCGGUAGAGAACUCUGUGACGGCAAUGCUUAAUUUAUCAAUCUACGAGAAGAACAAGAGUCGGAUCAUGGAGGAAGACGGUUGUUUGGAGUGUAUAGUAAGCGUUCUUGUCUCUGGUCUGACAGUGGAAGCGCAGGAGAACGCAGCAGCCACAUUGUUCAGUCUCUCUGCGGUACACGAUUACAAGAAACGGAUAGCAAGUGUUGAUCAGUGCGUUGAGGCGUUAGCGUCUCUGCUUCAGAAUGGGACUCCGAGAGGGAAGAAAGAUGCGGUUACAGCGUUGUAUAACUUAUCGACGCAUCCGGAUAACUGCAGUAGAAUGGUUGAAGGAGGAGGAGUGUCGAGUCUUGUCGGAGCUUUGAAGAGCGAAGGUGUAGCAGAGGAAGCAGCAGGAGCCUUGGCUUUGUUAAUGAGACAGCCUCUUGGAGCUGAGGCUAUAGGGAAAGAGGAAGCGGCUGUGACGGGGCUCAUGGGAAUGAUGAGAUGUGGGACUCCGAGAGGGAAAGAGAACGCGGUGGCUGCGUUGCUCGAACUCUGUAGAGGCGGUGGAGCCGCUGUGGCGGAGAGAGUGUUGAGAGCACCUGCCAUUGCGGGGUUGCUGCAGACGCUUUUGUUCACCGGGACGAAGCGGGCUAGAAGGAAAGCGGCUUCGCUUGCUCGUGUUUUCCAGAGGCGGGAGAAUGCGGCGAUGCGGUCAGGCGGGUACGGAUUUGUAGGGAAUGGGAACGGAACUAGAGACGGCGGCAGUUUUACGACGGAUGUCUCUGUUCCGAUGUCAAUCUCCAUUUCAGUUCCUGUAUUGUGAUCUAUGUUUCAGUUAGAAAGUUACCAAAAGGUAAAUAUGGUGGUGUUUUGUUUCACUGUUUGUGUAUAUUAUAAUGGAAUACAUUUAUUGGUUGGGA